CAUGUUCGACCACUAAGGUACUAAGUUGGUUUAUAUAAAUCUAAUUUAGCUAGAAGUAAUUAAUCAGACCACCCUCCACACACACACACGCAAACAACCAUGACCGAACAAGAACAUGUUCGUCCGCUAACUCCGGGGGCUGCACCACCGUCGAGUGAUUUUUCUGACUACAAAAAACAAACUCUCCAACGUAUCCGUAGCCGUAGAAACCGAAUCAAAUGCUUAAUCUGCGUCAUUGUAACAUCUCUAAUUCUAACCACGAUCGUGUUGACUUUAGUAUUCACGGUGUUUCGAGUCAAAGCCCCGAUCAUAGAAAUGAACGGUGUAACAGUCAACGGCCAAGAUUCAACCGCCGGGACUCAGAUCCAACUGUUGGGAACAAACAUCUCGAUGAUCGUUGACGUGUCGGUCAAAAAUCCAAAUUCUGUGACGUUUAGGUAUUCGAGCACCACGACGGAUAUAUAUUACAAGGGAAUGGUGGUGGGUGAAGCGCGUGGGCCACCGGGAAAGGCCAGAGCGCAUCGGACGGCGAGGAUGAACAUGUCGGUUGAUAUAAGGAUAGAUCGGUUAGUGUUGGAGCCUGGUUUGGUUCGAGAAAUAAUUGGGUCGGGUCAUGUUGACUUGUGGAGUUACACUAGAGUUAGUGGUAAGGUUAAGAUAAUGGGCAUUGUGAAGAAGCACGUUACAGUUAAAAUGAACUGCACGAUGGCUGUGAACAUCUCGCGACAGGCUAUUCAAGAUGUCAAGUGCAAGAACAAAAUCGAUCUUUGAGUUUUCGGUUUCCACAUUAAGGUAUACGUUGGAAAAUGUGUUAAUUUUUUUUUCUUGCUGAAGAAAUGUGUUACAUUUUUAAUCGUUUUUAGCAUUUUGUUGGUCAUUUGACUAUGGGUUAACAUUGUUGGUCAUUUAUGUUUAAUUUAUUUUAAUUUAUGUUGGUCA